UCAGAAUUCGCUCCAAAGUGCAGUGCAGGAAUCGUCUUGCCAUACUCCAACACAUCUUCCCAUCCCGGAACACCACCAGCUUACAAUGCAGUUACGCGGCCUGUUGGUUCUAUACUUUGCAACGCUGGUGAUCACACCGUCCUGUGCGAUCCAGUGCGCCCAGUCCGCUAUCUCCACAGCAUGCGCACUUAAAAACAAUGCGAAUCUUCGCUUUGCCAGCGCGCACGUGUCUGGGGAAAAAGACAAAGGUUUCGCAGCGAAAAAUAUUCAAGACAUGUGCAACGGUAAUGGUGCGUACACUUCAAAGUAAGUUUUGAAUUGAAUAGGGUCAAAGUUUAAAAUGAAAAAAAAAAAGGUAGUCGGUUUGUAAGGCAAACCAGUUAUUUUUGUAAGAAAGAUAUAUUUUAGAAAUGUUUGAUUAAAAUUUUUUGUUCCACCACCUCACUUGUAGUGGGGAAGUAGAAACUAGCUGUGACCUUUAAACUUGGAUAAAAGUAGUGGCUUUGAAAUGGCUAUCACAGGGGGGCUACAUUAAGCUAAUUGAACUGGAGUAGCUAUGGGUGUGUGUUUUAGCUAUAGGGAGGCUGGUGGAAGUAUCUAGAGCGAAAAUUUUGAGAAGAGAGAGGGAUAGAGAGAGAGAGAGAGAGAGAGGAAGAGAAAGAGAGAGAGAGAGAGAGAGAGCGAGGAGCAUUAGGUGAGACUAGCAAUUAUUAAAAUAUGACAUUAUAAUUUGGUCUUAUUUUAGCAUUGUCCUUUUUUGGCGAGAGGUCAUUAAGGUCAUUAUGCGCAUUGGUCAUUUUUUUGUACGAGUUUCUUCAGGGCAUUGGUCAUUUUGGGCGAGAGGUCGCUCGGGGGGUUUGGUCCUAUCUGGCGAGAUUUCAUUUAGGGCAUCGGUCCUUCUUGGGAUGGCUAGUUUCUGAGCAUGCAGUCAUUUUCAAGUUACACAUAUUCAUACAUUUAAGUUAUCCCUGGCCUCAUACUGCCCUCUGGUUUAGACUUCCAUAAUCCGAUAUCCUCCAGCUACUGCAAAGAUUGCAAGGGUAAACUGAUCCCAGAGACAUCCGUGUGCAUAUCUGCAAAAGUGCUGGACUACCUGGCCGAACUGGCCAAGAAUGGAUCUGUUACUGUGAGUCAAUGUUUUUUUAAAAUCAAUAAUCAAUAUUCUUUUAAUCAAGAGACAACAAAAAUCAUAAGAAUUUUUUUUUUUGAACACAUUUCAAGGAAAUUAAAAAUUUGUAAAAACAACAACAACAGCACACUCUUCUGCUAAAAACAAUUACAAUAUCUUAGCAUACCGGUAUAUUAUGUCUCAUACAAGUAAAUCAAUAGAUGACAUAUGAGGCUAAAAUUCGUUUUCUCAGCGUUAGGUGAUCGUAUGAAAAUCUUGCUCACAUUGUCACUACUUGACUGAUGUUCCAUGACAUGUACCGGUUGAUUUUUUCUUUUGCGCUAGAGAAACACUGACGUGGUCAUGUGUUUAAAUUAUUCUGGUUUAAGAAUGGGUGUCUCCGUAGCAAAAAAAAACAAAACAAAACAACAAAAACAAACCAAAUAUGUAUCUGUGUGCUGAAAAUGACUUUGUAGAUUGUAGUCAUAUAAAGGCAUUGCCAUUUAUUUGAAUUAAUCAUAGAAUCUUAUCUUAUUAUCUUAUCUUAUGUUUUCUUUUCUUAUUUUAAAUUAUAUUAUAUUAUAUUUUCUUCUUCUGAUCAUCAUACAAGUUUAAAACAACCAAACACACACACAGACGCACACACACACAAACACACAUACAUUUAUUUUUUUAAAAAUGUAUAUAUAUAAUUAAAUUCACAAACACUGAGCAAAAUUCCAUUUUUUGUUUUGUUUUUGUUUGUUUCGUGGGCCGCCAGUGCAAUGUCAUGUAGUUUUUACGGACAUCCAUAAGUUCUUUCGGUUUAUUACGGACAUCCAUAAGUUCUUUCGGCUUAUUACGGACAUCCAUAAGUUCUCUCGGUUUAUUACGGACAUCCAUAAGUUCUUUCGGCUUAUUACGGACAUCCAUAAGUUCUCUCGGUUUAUUACGGACAUCCAUAAGUUCUCUCGGUUUAUUACGGGCAUCUAUAAGUUCUCUCGGUUUAUUACGGACAUCCAUAAGUUCUCUCGGUUUAUUACGGACAUCCAUAAGUUCUUUCGGUUUAUUUCGGACAUCCAUAAGUUCUUUCGGCUUAUUACGGACAUCCAUAAGUUCUCUCGGUUUAUUACGGACAUCCAUAAGUUCUCUCGGUUUAUUACGAACAUCUAUAAGUUCUUUCGGUUUAUUACGGACAUCCAUAAGUUCUUUCGGCUUAUUACGGGCAUCCGUAAGCUCUUUCGGUUUAUUACGGACAUGUAAUUUGAUAUGCGGGCUGACUGUAAAUUUACAGAUGGUUGGCUAUUGAGGCUGCAGAUCUAACCCCGUGUAAGCUAGGUCGACAUGUGAGAUAUUUAUGGCAUUAUUAGACCGAAUGGACACGACCUACUAUGUAUGCUGCGAUGAAAGAGUCUGUCUUGGGCGGAUCAAGUCGGGGGGGUCUCUACGGAGACUGACGACGGUGGCGUCGCAUGUUCUGUUUGCAGGUGAAUGAGAUAGCGGGCGGCUGCCACAUGUGUACGUCGCUGCAUUACAAAGGAAGGGCAGUUGACCUGGAUACCAGGAGGAAGACAGAAUACCGGGCUCUGUGCAAGUGAGUAACGUGGUGUGUAGUUUUUUUUUAAAAACACAAAUAAAUGCAAUAGCGUUCAAGGAAAAUUGUAUUGUUCUAAAUUAUCAAAGAAGCGUAAUAUUUCUCUCUCUAUUCGCUCUCCUCUCUCUCUCUCUCCCUAUCCGCUUCUCUCUCUCUCUCUCUCUCUCUCUCUCUCUCUCUCUUCACUUUCCAUAUAUCUCUUUCUCUUUUACCACGCCCUCUCUGUCUCUCUUGCUCUCUCUCUGUCUCUCUCUGUCUCUCUCCAUCUUGCUCCUAGGUUGUUAAGAACAAUUCCCAAUUUAUAAUCCAAAUUUCUUUUGGUGGCAAGGCUCUUACAUAGAGAAUCAGUUAUCAUUAUCAAAACAACUUAUUGUCUGGGAUCAUUCAUAACAUUCUUGAUUCUUCAUUAGCCAUCCAAUGUGUUGAAUUGAAGACUUUACAGUUUUGUGUUCCAUCUGUUUGAGAGGAUCCUAACAUAUGUAUUCCUCACCCCCACUACUCAGAAAAUGGGGAGGAGACGCCCCGAAUGAAGCAAGCCACACCCACUGUGAGUUUUAAGGAAGUACAUCCAUGGACGCAGCAACGCAGAUGGAUAACUGCAAUCACGAUACAACUCUAGAAAUAGAAAGAACAAUGAGGCAGUAACGGAAC